AAGGAGACCUUGGAGGCGCUGCACGCACAGCGUCUGCGCUUCGAGGACAUCAUCAAGCUAGCCUCUGGUUCCAAGAUCGACGACGUGGGCUUGCACCAGUCGUUGCUCGAGAUCUGGAACUCCGACGCCCUGAAGCACGCGCUGUUCCUGAAGGGGUUCGCGAAGAAGGACCUGGCGCCACCUGAGGGUGGGUUCACCGAUGACGAGGUGAAGGUGCCCACGACAGAGGAGGUCGACAUGAAUAGAGAUCUGAAGAUCGCGAAGGAGUCGGCCGAGGAGGAGAUGUGGGCAGAGGUCAAACGGCGUGGCUUCAUUUUCAACACGAAUGCGAAGAACGGGAACGCCAUCGCUUCGCGCUGGCAGAGGAGGGUGGACAAACCUGGAACGAAAGAGAACCUCGAGUACAAGCCGCUGAGAGGCAACAGCGAGGCGCAGGACCAGUACCGCGCGAACUGGGCCAAGGAGCGCUACCAGGAGUACCUGGUGAAACGGGAGAAGACGCAGGAGUUCUCGCGCACGGAGUACAAGAACGCGCAGUGGAUGCCCAUUGGGCGCAUUGCCCAUAAAGAGGGCGGCGGGCGCCUGGGCUGGUUGCAGGCGUCUCGGUAUUUCCUGAAAGCGAUGGCCAUGGGACCUCCGUGGAUAGCCUACGAUGAGAUGACCGAGAGUCUGCGAGCUUUAUAUAUUGUUCGCGGCACGAGGGAGGCGUUCACGACCUCCUGGAAGAAGCACGAGACAUGGGAGAACGCACCAGAGCUGACGGACCUCGGCAUGGAGCGCAAGCGCAAGCUGGAGGAUGCCGAUCUGCAGCAGGAGCGCGCCGCCAAGAGCGGCAGGGUUGCUGUCGAGGCAGCUGCAGAGGCGACCCCCGCGCAAGCGACCACAGCUGGCGAGAAGGCGGCACUACCGGGCAUUGAGCAGCCCGCUGAGGAGCCCGAGGAGCCAAAGGAAUUGAGCCCCGAGGAGAAGAAGGCAGCUGCGAAAGCCAAGGCAACGGCUGCAGCCAAGGCAAAAGCCAAGGCAAAGGCUGCAGCCAAGAAGGCCGCGGAGGAAGCCGCCCAGGCCACUGCAGCUGCUGCUGCAGCCGUUCCAGUCGUUGACAUCAAGGAGCUGAUGACCUCUGCGAAGAAGGUGGUGAGCAAAUACUCGACGACGACCUCGCAGGCUCAUGCGGUCACGGGCUCCAUCGCUACAGACACGGCUGCUGCUAAGCAGGACCCCAAUGCGACAGCCCCUUGGAAGUGGGCCGAGAACGACUCAGACGCGCUGGAGCUCAAUGCUUGCAUGCUGGAGCUGAAGACGACGCUCUCGAACAACUCCCGUCUGACGCAGGCGCUGACGCGCGAGCUGGGGAGCGUUCGCAAGCAGAUGAAGGACGACGUGCUCUUCAGGGCCACGCUGACCGACGUCAAGGAGCUUGAGGGGCUCAUUGACAAGAUUGGGGGUCACGUCAAGGACCUCUUGACUAUGCAUCAGAUCAAGUGUGCGAAAAAGUGA